AUGGUUAUAUGGGUAGACCGGACAGUAGAAGAAUUAAAUCAUCGCUCCGAUGAAUUAGAAAAAUUAGAAUUAAAAUUGAAAAACUUAAAUAAUAGAGACGAACUGUCAAGUAAAGCGUUACAGGAAUACAUAGCCUUUAUGAAUAAUGUUCUAGAACCGGGGAGCGGCUACACUCUGCGUAUGGACUCGCCGCGGCCACCGACCCGGCCUGCCGCGCCGGACUCGCCCGCGCUGCGCGCCGCCCUGGCCGCGCCGGGCUCGCCCGCGCUGCGCGCCGCCCUGGCCGCGCCGGGCUCGCCCGCGCUGCGCGCCGCCCUGGCCGCGCCGGGCUCGCCCGCGCUGCGCGCCGCCCUGGCCGCGCCGGGCUCGCCCGCGCUGCGCGCCGCCCUGGCCGCGCCGGGCUCGCCCGCGCUGCGCGCCGCCCUGGCCGCGCCGGGCUCGCCCGCGCUGCGCGCCGCCCUGGCCGCGCCGGGCUCGCCCGCGCUGCGCGCCGCCCUGGCCGCGCCGGGCUCGCCCGCGCUGCGCGCCGCCCUGGCCGCGCCGGGCUCGCCCGCGCUGCGCGCCGCCCUGGCCGCGCCGGGCUCGCCCGCGCUGCGCGCCGCCCUGGCCGCGCCGGGCUCGCCCGCGCUGCGCGCGCUGUUCGCGUCACGCGCCGCCCGCGCGCCCGAGCUGCGCGGCGACGCCCCCGCCUCCGGCCUUGGGGACCCGGCGCCCCUGCCGCCAUCGUCACCACCGAGCCUCGUCGAGCAGGUUCCAUCGGGGCCGGGCCUCGCCGAGCCGACUCCAUCGCUGCCGUGCCUAGUCGAGCCGGCUCCUUCACCGCCGAGCCUCGUCAAGCUGGCUCUAUCGCUGCUGACCUAUGUCGAGCCUGCUCCAUUACCACCGAGCCCUGUCGAGCCAGCUCCAUCAGCGUAUCGUCCUGUCUUGGCAGCUCCAUCGCCGCCUCGCCCUGUCUCGCCAGCUCCAUCGCCGCCUCGCCCUGUCUCGCCAGCGCCAUCACCGCCUGGCCUCCCCUCGCCAGCACCCCCGCCGCCUCGCUUCGGGCCGUGCUGUACUCGGACGAGGUGGGCGCCGGCCUCGGCGUGCUGCUGGCGCAGCGCUUGUCGCAGGGCGUCAUCAACGACUGUCACCCGGGAGCCUCUGUCGAUCGUCUGA